AUGCCCGCCCCUCCUCAGCCGUAUACUGGAAACUCGGGAGCUCACGGCAAUGCGGCUCACGGCGGUGGUGGAAACAACGCGCAUCACACAGCCAAUCUCAACGACCACGCGAAUGUGUCCAAUCCCGGAAGUGCUACGCAUGCUGCUGCCGCCGCCAAUACCGCCCAACAAACCGCCGGCAACACCGCCGGCAAACCCGGGAAA